UACUUAUCAUCCUAUGAGCCUUGCUCAUAACAUCAUAUAUGGUUUUCUAGAGAUACAGACUAAACUUCAACAGAAAGACUUCCCAUUAAUGGAAAAAGCAUGCUGUUAUCAUCCCAUUUGGUUCUAAUAGUACAGGGAGACGAAUGUGGGAGUAUGUUAGCUAUAAUUGUUUUUAAUAUGAAUCGACUUUCCAAGCUCACAAUUUUACCUGAGCUGGGAGAAGUUUCUCGGGAAAAUUUUUCAGGAGCUCUACCAACAUUUUCUGGGAAAAGUUCAUUUUCAUCUUGGGGGCCUACUGGGCUUAGAAACUUAUUUACAAGGGAAAAGCAACUGAUUUAAUUGGUUUUGGAUAAAUGAGGUCGGUUUGAUUGCCGAGUAUUAUGAAAAUAUCAUUGAAUUAUGUUUCACGUUGAGAAAAUCCUCAGUCUAAAUAACUGGAUCUAUAAGCAGAACUCAUUAGGAAUGCAAUACUCCCCCUAAAAUGCAAAAUUGGGCAGAUAGAGAUGGGCAUCAAAGCAAUCAAUUUGUCGUCUUUAGUAUUCUGGGAAAAUUUUCUGCCAUCUAAAAGAAUCCAACUGAUGUACACGGAUAGUGCUGUUUUCUAUCUAGCUAAUAUCCCAAAAGAGUAAUUAAAAUUUUACCAUGAAUGUCAACUGCAUCUUUCAUUCUGUCCUCCAAGUAGAAUUCCUGUACUAGAAAACUAACCACAUUCAUGAAUGGCCUUAGACACAUCACACAAGUUGCAGAAUUGCUCUAGAUAGAGCAUGAAAAUGACAAUUGCAUUUCUCAAUCUCUAUGAGUGUGAACACACAAAUGUCAACUGCAUCAGUGUUGGUAUGUGUGCAAUAUAGUGCCGGCGACAAUAAAAUUGUAUCCACCAAUCUUUUGCUCUAGUUCUUUUAGUGUCAUCUCAGUGGGUAUUCCACUUUAGUUGAGUAGAAGUCUACGCAUCAUGGUAGCAACCAUGAUGAAAAAGAUAGGAGUAUUCUUCUAGUCCUCUUACAAAUCAUUGCCUCUAUUGAACUUGUCUUUCCAAAGGCUUUAUUAAAACCUUGUGAGGACUUCCCUCUUACUCCCCAAACCACCUCUGCUCUCUCCCUGCAUCCAGUUGCCAACUCUUCUGCUACUUCCAUAAGCAGAUUAUGAUAUGAAGCAGUGUGCAGGAAGGAAAAAAAUAGAGGAGACUUCCUUAAAAGGUAAUACUAUCAGGCACUUCCAACAUGUCCAUCUCAAAAUUCUUCAUAAAGUCCUUGUUUCUCCUGUUACUACAACAUUUGACUUCGUCUUCUGGUAAUAGAAUCUUAGGCCAUCACAAUCCCCCUCAUCACUCUUUGAUUUUAGAUAAGGCUGCUCUGUUGGCAUUCAAAAAGACCAUAACACUCGAUCCAAAUUCCACCCUUGCAAACUGGGAUGAGGCUGUUGAGGUGUGCAACUUCACAGGUGUGAGAUGUGACAAACACCAUCACCGUGUAUCACAACUUGUACUGGAAGAUACUGAACUUGUAGGGAAGCUUUCACCCUUCAUUUCCAAUCUCACCGGCCUUCGUAUCUUAACAAUUGUCGGCAAUCACUUCUCAGGCAACAUUCCACCUGAACUUUCCUCCCUUAGACAUCUCCGCAGUCUCAUGCUUGAAAGGAACAAUCUGCAUGGUUCAAUACCAUCCUCCUUUGCCCUUCUGUCCGAACUUGAGUUACUACAAAUUUUCCAAAACAAUAUAAGCGGUAAACUUUCACCAGUCCUCUUCUCCAAUUGCUCUUCAUUGCAAAACAUAGAUUUGUCCGAAAACUUCCUCACAGGCACAAUUCCGGAAGAUAUUGGAAACUGUUCACGUCUAUGGAACCUCUAUUUGUACAAUAACAAUUUUACUGGACAACUUCCUCUCUCUUUAGCCAAUCUUGAGUUAUCUGAACUAGAUGUGGAGAAUAAUUGUCUCUCUGGUGUACUGCCUUCAGAGAUUGUGAGGAACCUACCAGAACUUGAAUAUCUACAUUUAUCAUAUAAUAAUAUGGAAAGUCACGAUGACAACACCAAUCUUGUUCCAUUCUUCAAUGCCCUUGGAAACUGCACUCAUCUAAAGGAGGUUGAACUCUUUGGUAUUGGCCUCGGGGGGAAGUUGCCGAGUUCCAUUGGCCAACUUGGUGUCAAUCUAACAGCUCUGUCACUACAAGAAAACAAAAUCUUUGGAUCAAUUCCUCUGGAGUUGGCAAAUCUUUCAAAGCUUGUAAACCUGAACUUGGCAUUCAAUCUUCUAAGUGGAAUCGAAGCAGAAGAGAUGGGUCGAUUGUCAAGAUUGGAACAACUUUUGGUAUCACAUAAUGUCUUCACCGGUGCAAUUCCUUCAAAACUAAGUAAGCUUGCUCACCUGGGUCUGCUAGACCUAUCACACAAUAGGUUCUCUGGUGAAAUCCCUGCUAGUUUAGGAAAUUUGGUUCGAUUAACUUCUUUGUUUCUGAACAACAACCUUCUCUCAGGAGCAAUACCUUCAACUUUGGGAAACUGCACAAAUAUUUACAAGCUUGAUUUAUCACAUAACAGAUUGACAGGCAACAUCCCUCCAGUGGUUGCAAGUAUGCGUGAGAUCAGAAUUUUUAUAAAUCUUUCGCAUAAUCACCUUGAAGGGCCUUUGCCAAUCGAGCUUAGCAUGUUGCAAAAUGUGCAAGAGAUGGAUCUCUCGUCCAAUAAAUUUACAGGCAGUAUCUUCCCUCAGAUAUCGAGCUGCAUUGCAUUGAUGAAGAUCAAUUUCUCAAACAACUCUCUUGAAGGGAGUCUUCCAGAAUCCUUAGGGAAACUAAGAUACCUCGAGUCUUUUGACGUUUCACAAAACCACUUAUCUGGGACAAUUCCAAAAAGCAUCAAUAAUAUUCAAUCGCUCGCCUUUCUAAAUCUCUCCUAUAACAACUUCGAAGGAAUGAUUCCCACUGGUGGAAUCUUCGACACAGUAACAACUCUGUCAUUCUUGGAGAAUCCCCGACUCUGCAGAAAUAUUUCUGGCAAACUUAUUGACAUCCCAAUUUGCAGUAGAAAUAAAUUGUUUCAUUCAAUUGUGUUCUUGAUUAUAUUCAUCCUAGUGAUAUUCAUAUCAGUAUUUUUAUCCACAAUAUGUUGUGUGAUUGGGAUUCGGCGCAUUAGAGCGAUUAUUCACACUCGGACAACUGAAACAGUCAGGCAACCAACUCCAGUAGAACCAAUCCACAAUUUCCCAAGAAUUACCUAUAAAGAACUAUCGGAUGCAACUGCAGGCUUCGAUGGUCAGAGACUAGUCGGGUCAGGUAGCUAUGGACGUGUCUAUAGGGGAGUUCUUCCAGAUGGAACAACAAUUGCAGUUAAGGUGUUACAUGUGCAAUCUGGAAACUCAACAAAGAGCUUUAGCCGAGAGUGUCAAGUCUUAAAGAGGAUCCGUCACAGGAACCUGAUAAGGAUUAUAACAGCAUGCAGUCUACCUGAUUUUAAGGCUCUUGUUCUUCCAUACAUGGCCAAUGGGAGCUUGGAUAGCCAUCUUUAUCCGCAAUUGGACACAGGUUUGGUUUCAAGUUCUUCAGAUUUGAGUCUUCCCCAGAGAUUGAACAUUUGCAGUGAUAUAGCUGAAGGGAUGGCCUAUUUGCAUCAUCACUCUCCAGUCAGAGUCAUACACUGUGAUCUAAAACCAAGUAAUAUUCUUCUCAACGAUGAAAUGACAGCUCUAGUAUCUGAUUUUGGGAUUGCGAAGUUGGUUAUGACAGCAGGAGGGGAAAAUAGUGGAGCUGUUGAAACGGGAAACUCUACUGUAAAUAUGCUACAUGGAUCUGUUGGAUACAUUGCACCAGAGUAUGGGUUUGGAUCUACUACAACCACAAAAGGCGAUGUCUACAGCUUUGGCAUUAUUGUGCUUGAGAUGGUGACUAGAAGAAGACCAACAGAUGACAUGUUUGUUGGCGGGCUAAGUCUGCACAAAUGGGUGAAGAGUCACUUCCAUGAAAGGAUGGAAGGAGUGAUAGACACUUCUUUGGUGAGAGCAUCAAGAGAUCAAGCCCCUGAAGUGAAGAAAAUGUGGGAAGUUGCAAUUGGAGAGUUAAUUGAACUAGGUAUCCUUUGCACCCAAGAUUCCCCAUCUACUAGGCCUACAAUGCUUGAUGCAGCUGAUGACUUAGAUCGGCUCAAGAGAUACCUUGGUGGGGAUACUACAGUAACCUUCACCUCUUCUCUUGGAAUUUCAUCUUCCACUCUAAGCGAUGACUAACAGUUAAUCCUAUUGUUGUACGUGCAUCAAAAUGCUAUCUAAUUCAUAUUAAUGGUAAAAUCUUAAUGAGGA